CCCAAAAAGCCACCGACAAACCUCCCCAGGGCAAUCUUUCACAAUGGCCUCCCGACCUACCGUCACGAUCCUGGGUGCCGAUGGCAAGGCCACCUCAGCCACCCACACGAUUCCCGCCGUCUUCACCGCCCCGAUCCGUCCUGAUAUCGUUCAGGAUGUCCACAAGGGAAUGGCCAAGAACAAGCGCCAGCCUUACGCCGUCAGCGAGAAGGCCGGUCACCAGACCUCUGCCGAGUCUUGGGGAACUGGUCGCGCUGUCGCCCGUAUCCCUCGUGUCUCUGGUGGUGGUACUCACCGCGCUGGUCAGGCUGCUUUCGGUAACAUGUGCCGUUCCGGUCGCAUGUUCGCUCCCACCAAGGUCUGGCGCAAGUGGCACAUCAAGAUCAACCAGGGCCAGAAGCGUUUCGCUACCGCUUCCGCUCUUGCUGCCUCCGCCGUCCCCUCUCUCCUCCUCGCCCGCGGCCACCAGAUCAUGUCCGUGCCCGAGGUUCCUCUGGUCAUCGACUCCGCCGCCUUCGACGGUGCCGCUGCCGCCAAGACCUCCGCCGCCAUCGGUCUCCUGAAGGCCGUCGGUGCUGGUCCCGAUCUCGAGAAGGUGAAGGGCUCCAAGAAGCUCCGCGCCGGCAAGGGCAAGCUCCGUGGCCGCCGCCACCGCCAGCGUCGCGGACCCCUCGUCAUCUACGACCCCGAGGUUGAUGGCAAGGAGCUCGUCAAGGGCUUCCGCAACAUUGCCGGCGUCGAGACCAGCUCCGUGUACGCCCUGAACCUGCUCCAGCUGGCCCCCGGUGGUCACCUCGGCCGCUUCGUCAUCUGGACCUCGAGCGCCUUCAAGGCCCUCGACAAGGUCUACGGCUCCACCACUGAGCCCUCUGCCCUGAAGAAGGACUUCCUCCUGCCGUCCAACGUGGUCGCCCAGUCCGACCUGACCCGUCUCAUCAACAGCUCCGAAAUCCAGAGCGUGCUGCGCGGCCCCAAGGGCGAGGCCCGGACGAAGCGUGCUGGUGUGCAGAAGAAGAACCCUCUCAAGAACAAGCAGGUUAUGCUGCGCCUGAACCCUUACGCCUCUGCCUUCCAGAAGGAGAAGCUGGGCGAGAAGAAGCUUGAGGAGGGCAAGCCCAAGGCCCCUGUCCCCGAGUUCUUCGAGAUCAUGAAGGAGUAAGGGAUAAGGAAAGAGGUAUCUAGACCUAGAUGACUUUUUCUUGUUGAUGGGAAUGGGAUUUGACAUUCGGGGCUGAUGACACAAUUGGUUUCGGCGUUGGGUCAGGAAUGUGCAAGCCAUGGUAGCACACUUGACAAAAAUCAAAAUUAUUACGGAAUUUCUUUC